AUGGCCACCUUUUCAGUGAUCUCUGCCAGACAUUGCUUCUUUGAUUCGAAAAACACCUCUUUGGAACUGGAGGGAACUGGCUAUGUUCUGGUGGGUAAAGCGAACAAACUGGACAGCGAAGGCUCCAUCGCAUUCGACCUGUAUCAGCAUGCGAGGAAACAUAGCAACCCCAAUGCAGAUGUGGCUGUUAUUUACCUACCAAAGGCUGUCUACUUCAACGACAAAGUCAACAAGAUUGACCUUCCCAAGAACUCCAAUCAGAAGCCCCACUAUGGAGACCCAGUGUCUGCGGUGGGGUGGGGCAAAGCAUGUGGCUCAAAUAAGAAGAAGUUGGAGGGCAGACUGUGCAUUCCUGGAGAGGACUCCCAAAACUACAAACCAACCAUCAUGCAGGAGGUGGACAUGUUGAUCAAGGAAGACACAUGUAUAACAGACCAGUUCAACCACCACUCGAAGGAGUACGAGGAACUGCGGCUGUGUGCGGGGGGCAAGAAUGCGGAGGGGGAGCACAAGGACAUCUGUCAGGGGGACUCGGGGGGACCACUGGAGUGUCUGUGGCAAGGAAAGACUGGGCGGAAGUAUUUGUGUGGUCUGUCUUCCAUGGGCUACGCGGCCCCCAAGUGUGCAUAUGGCCCCAGUGGCUUCACCAGAAUACACCACCCUGUCAUCCUCACCUUCGUCAUGGACCACUACAACAGAGCCAUGCGCAAACUCCCAGGCACCCCAGACGAUGAAAAUGGCACUGAAGAAAACUCGGAAUUAGGAGGCCAGCUAGCAACUGACGACAAUGAAUCCCAGCAAGAGGGUAAUUUUAAACCACAAAAGAAAAAGGGGAACAAGAAAAGAAGAAAGAUGAAAGGCGGAGGCGGAGCUUCGAACAGAGUUGAAAACACAUGGAAGCUAUUUCUUAUUGUAAACAUGAACACUUUAUUUGCUAUGGCAAUCACGCGAGUUUAA